ACGAAGGUCUCCUCGUGAUGACAGCUAGCGUCGUCAGACGAAAGGUUUGAGGUUUGUAGCUAGCGAGAAAGGGGUGGCUGGCUAACGUUAGCUAGCACUGUGGUUUGCUUUCUCCGUCAAUUACCGCAGAGGACACGACACGGAUAGUUUAAAAGCCUACUGCAACACAGCGGUAAUACCAACACAUUUCGGGAAGAGCCAACGGCAUUUCACUCGUGCUUGCUGGUGUCAGGCUGAGCUGGCUGCAUGAUGGUGAAGCCGGACAUCCUCACGCUUGCGCACCACCUGAAGCAGGAGCGUCUGUACGUGGCCUCCGAGAAGCACCUCAUCCAACGGCUCAACAACGACGUGCUCAAGACUGCCGAGAGGCUCUACCGCGCCGCCUGGAUUGCCAAGCAACAGAGGAUCAACCUCGACCGACUCAUCCUCACCAGUGCUGAGGCGUCCCCAGCUGAGUGCUGCCAGCAUGCGCGGGUGCUGGAGGACACACAGUUCGUGGACGGCUACAAGACGCUGGGCUUCCAGGAGAGCAUCUACGGCGAGUUCCUAUGGCGACUGCGGGAGAACCCGCGCCUCGUGGCCUCCUGCCUGGUGGCGGGCGAGCGGCUCAACCAGGAGCACACGCAGGGCGUCAUACACACCGUCUUCACCUCGCUCUACGGCAACGGCAUCAUGCAGGAGGACGAGAGCUACCUGCUACAGGUGCUGCGUUACCUGAUCGAGUUUGAGCUGAAGGAGAGCGACAACCCUCGUCGCCUGCUGCGGCGCGGCACCUGUGCCUUCAGCAUCCUGUUCCGCAUGUUCUCGGAGGGCCUGUACGCGGCCAAGCUCUUCCUGACGGCCACGCUGCACGAGCCCAUCAUGCAGCUGCUGGUGGAGGACGAGGACCACCUGGAGACGGACCCUGGCAAGCUGACCGAGCGCUACACGCCCGCGCAGCAGGCGCGCCUGUUCGGGGAGAAGGGCUCGGACGCGCACCGUCGACGCGUGCUCGCCGCCGUGGAGGCCAACGAGGCCAAGCUGGUGACGCUCGUCAACAGCUUCAUCGGGUGCCUGCGGCAGAACACGUACUGCUUCCCGCAGAGCCUGCGCUGGGUUCUGUCGCAGAUGUUCCGCACGCUGGCGCGGGUGGAGGGUCUGCAGGUGGGCGAGGUGCGCGCCAUGUGCACCGACCUGCUGCUCGCCUGCUUCAUCUGCCCCGCCGUCGUCAGCCCCGAGCAGUACGGCAUCAUCAGCGACGCGCCCAUCAACGAGGUCGCACGCUUCAACCUCAUGCAGGUGGGUCAGCUCCUCCAGCAGCUGGCCAUGGUGGAUGCAGACGAUGGAGACCCCCGCAGGAAAAGCACCCUGUCCAAGUUCGACAAAAGCUGCGUGUCUUCCUUCCUGGAUGUGGUGAUUGGAGGGAGAGCGGUGGAGACUCCACCCAUGUCAUCCAUGAACCUGCUGGAAGGCCUGACCAGGACCGUCGUCUACAUCACUCACCACCAGCUGAUGCACCUGGUGGACUUUGUGCGGAAUGUGACGGCUGGCGAUCAGCUCCGAGAGGAAGACCACCUGGCCCUGGAGACCCUGUUGGCCAACGUCCCACAAUCCCGUGCGGUGAAGAGCAACAGCCUGGAGCUCACACCCUCCAACACGCCCCAGCUCUCACCCGCCACCACCCCCGCCAACAAGAAGAAUCGCCUGCCCAUAGGCUCUCGCAGCCGCAGCCGUACCAACAUCGCCCAGGAGGGGGAGCCAGAGGCCAGCUCCCAGGAGUCCCUGCAGGAGGUGGCGCCCGAGGAGGUGCUCGUCAUCUCGCUGGGCACCACCCCCCAGACCAUCCCCGGCAUGAUGUCAGAGAACGAGGUCCUCUCCCUGCAGAUGUCUGACAGUGCAGCAGGGGACGCUCCAGCAGACGAGGCGAAGCUCCACGGCAAACCUGAUAAAACACUCCGCUUCUCCCUCUGCAGCGACAACCUGGAGGGCAUCUCGGAGGGUCCAUCUAAUCGCUCUAAUUCGGUAUCUUCUCUGGACCUGGAGGGGGAGUCCGUCUCUGAACUGGGGGCCGGACCAUCUGGCAGUAACGGCGUCGAGGCCCUACAACUACUGGAACACGAGCAAGCCACCACUCAGGAUAACCUGGACGAUAAGCUGCGUAAGUUUGAGAUCCGGGACAUGAUGGGUCUGACGGACGACAGGGACAUCUCUGAGACGGUCAGCGAGACGUGGAGCACGGAUGUGCUGGGCAGCGACUUCGACCCCAACAUGGACGAGGACCGGCUGCAGGAGAUCGCCGGGGCGGCGGUGGAGAACAUGCUGGGAAGCCUGCUGUGUCUUCCCGGUUCCGGAUCGGUUCUGCUGGACCCGUACGGUUCCACCAUCUCGGAGACCACCAGUGAGGCGUGGAGCGUGGAGGUGCUACCCAGCGACUCAGAAGCAGCAGACCUGAAGCAGGAGGAGCGUCUGCAGGAACUAGAGAGCUGCUCAGGGGUGGGCAGCACUUCUGACGACACCGAGGUCCGAGAGGUCAGCUCACGACCCAGCACACCAGGACUCAGCGUGGUUUCAGGUAUCAGUGCCACAUCAGAGGAUAUCCCCAACAAAAUAGAGGAUCUCCGCUCAGAGUGCAGCUCAGACUUUGGUGGGAAAGACUCAGUGACCAGUCCUGAUGGAGAGGAGUCCGCACACGGAGCUUCUGCACCACAUGACUCCUUACUGGCCAUGUUUGAUCCACUCUCCUCCGGUGAAGGCUCGUCCACGGGCACCAUCGUGCGCCCCAAGGUCCACUACAUGCGGCCGGCCCACCCCCCUCCGGACCCCCCGAUCCCGGAGGUGGGUGCCAUGGCGCCCCCCGAGCCCCCCCGCGCCCUCUGUUCGCCCCCCCACCACGGGCUGGCGCAGGAGCUGGAGCAUGGCAGCAAGCAGCGCCACUCGUACCCGGAGCGCCUGGUGCGCAGCCGCAGCUCCGACAUCGUGUGCGGCGCCGGCCGCCGGCCCACCAGCGAGCCCUGCCUCAACCGCCGCACCAUCGCCGAGGACCGCGAGCCCGACACCCACGCCACGCACGCCGGGGCCACCUCAUCGCCCAGCAGGGACUCCCUCAAGGGCGAGGUUGAGGACAGGAAGGACAGUGACGAUGAGAAGUCGGAUCGGAACCGGCCCUGGUGGAAGAAGCGCUUCGUUCCUGCCAUUCCCAAAGCUCCAAUCGCUGCCUUCAGGAAGAGGGAUAAGCAUGAGAAGGAUGAUCUUGGACCUGAGCGACUUCCUCAAGAUGACUCUCUGCCUCGGCUGAGCUCCCAGGCGCAGGCUGCAGAGGACAUCUUGGAUAAGUACCGCAACAUCAAGAGGACCAGCCCCAGUGAUGGAACCACUGCUGCCGCAUACGACCAACACGGGACAGAGCCCAUAGGCGAGGGAGAGUGUGUCCAUGAUUCCCCCAGGGACGAAGCUCUGCAGAACAUCUCCACAGACGACCUUCCAGACUCCGCAAGCCAGACAGCACAGCCUCAGGACAAGUUCUCCUUCAGCGAUGCCAAGAAGAAGCUGCGCCUGGCCCUGUGUACGGCCGACUCCGUGGUGCUACCCCUCAUGACCCCAGCCAGCACACGCAACGGCCUCCCUGACCACACGGACCCAGAAGAGAACGAGAUUGUGUGCUUCCUGAAGGUGCAGCUGGCUGAGGCCAUCAACCUGCAGGACAAGGCUCAGAUGGCACAGCUCCAGGAGACCAUGCGCUGCGUCAGCCGUCUCGACGCCCGCACCUGCCGCAAGCUGCUCGCCGCCAUCGCCGACGACUACAGGAAGCGCUCCCCGUACAUAGCGUACCUGACGCGGUGUCGGCAGGGCCUGCAGACGUCCCAGGCGCACCUGGAGCGGCUGCUGCAGCGCGUGCUGCGGGACAAGGAGGUGGCCAACCGCUACUUCACCACUGUCUGCGUGCGGCUGCUGCUCGAGCACAUGGAGGCCAAGAUGAUCGACUUCAUCGGCGCAUUCCAGGUGUGCACGGCGGCGGACGAUAAGACUGCAGCGGUGGAGGACUUCCUGCGGUACCUGUACGGCGCGAUGGCCCACGAUGCCAUCUGGCAGUUCGCCAGCGAGGACCAGCUCCAGGACGCCCAGAUGGCCAUCGAGCGCAGCGUCAUGAACCGCAUCUUCAAACUGGCCUUCUACCCCAACCAGGACGGGGACAUACUGAGAGACCAGCUUCUGCAGGAGCACAUACAGCGCUUGUCCAAAGUCGUCACAGCCAAUCACAAGGCCCUGCAGAUCCCAGAGGUCUACCUUAAGGAAGUGCCGUGGCCGUCAGCGCAGGCGGAGAUCCGCACCAUCAACGCGUACAAGACGCCGCGGGACAAGGUGCAGUGCAUCCUGCGCAUGUGCUCCACCAUCAUGAACCUGCUCAGCCUGGCCAGCGACGACUCCGUCCCCGGCGCCGAUGACUUCGUACCCGUGCUCGUCUUCGUCCUCAUCAGGGCGAACCCUCCCUGCCUGCUGUCCACCAUCCAGUACAUCAAUAAUUUCUACUCCAGCCGGCUGAGUGGGGAGGAGUGCUACUGGUGGAUGCAGUUCACAGCUGCCGUGGAAUUCAUCAAGACCAUCGACGACCGCAAGUGAGCCGCAGAGCAGACGAGACGAGAGCGGCGCUCACGCAGCGGAGAGGACCCCGCCCAUCCGACCGCUCCCUCGCUCCCCUCCUUCGCCAUGUGUUCUCUCUUUCUCUCUCUCUCUCUCUUUAUCUCUUUUCUCCCUCCUUUCUUUCUUUCUCUCCCUCCUUUCUCCCAGCCUCCCUCCGUUCCUUCACGUGUUCUCUCUCUC